UUGCUGCAAUUGAGAAUAUGAGCCAUUUUGAUGCUGAUGGGAAGCGUCAUUACCCAUUUGGUAAAGGCUUAGGCUCAGAGGUUGUAAAGCAGUUUGGUAUCCCUAAUCUAUUUGAUUUUCCCAUUAGACCAACUCUAUCUGCGUCUGGAGAUCGUGGAGUACCUGAAGUGGUAGCUGAUCCUCUAGGUGAAGUUUCUAAGACAUUUCAGGAGCUUGGAAUAUGUGUUGUGCAACAAUGUGCUAAGAUUCACCAACAAGGUAUGUUUGAGGAGCAAGUUGUUAGGAUUCUGCUCAAGUUGACUGCAUACCAUAAUUAA